AUACGCGGGCACUUUGUUGUUGUAGGUCCAAGCAGUUGGGCGGUGCGCUAGGCUAACCGUUAUAUUCUUGUUAAUAAUAGGACUGAUUUAAACAAGUUGCGCGUGCAUUGUGCUUACGAAAGUAGAUUCAGUGUGCAGAUGACUGGCGAAACAGCGAGUUCCCAAUUUGGUGCCAAUUUCUCGAUUUUCAUGGCCCGGGAUUUACUUUCGAGUGCUGCGUCGUAGAACGUUGUUUUUUCUAUUUUGCUCCCCAAGAAGUGACGUCGAACCGGAAAUAUACAAUAUACAUACGACUCUUUUGCUUUUCCGCGUGUUUAUUGUGCUUAUUUUUUAUGUGCGUGCGACAGCCAGUGCCCAGAAAAUAACUCUAAACGAUGAGAGUAGUGCUGAUGCAACCAGAAGAAAUAGUGAUGCAAACAGCGCCAUAAGUAGUGGCAGCCAAACACGAAACUGUCCUUGGAGGAACAAUGGUGCAGCUUAAGGAGCAACAUCAGUGUAACUAACAGCAAACGAAGCAGUAAGCAGCCACAAGCAAACACAGCAGGCGCAACAUUAGUAUUCAGAGCAAUAAGAUCCCAAAAGCUGCGUGCAACGACAACAGGCAGUGCAAAAUGCUGCUGGCGGAUAUCGGGCAACAUGAAAACAUGCUACCGCCCCCCUACGUAGCAGCAAUCAAGCGAAAGACCGAUCCAGAGCAACCGCAGCAACGCAAGCAGCACAGGAGCAACAUCCUCGGAAGCAACAACAGCAGCAGCAUCAACGGCGACAUUCGACACCUUCAGAGGCAGCAGGGCAAAAUGUAUUACAACUCCAGUUCACGAACCUUUUGGAGAAAAUGCAGAUCGGCUGCCCCAACGAAUCUCAUGACCACAAUACCCACUAACAACGACUUGUGCAACACAGCAGCAGCGGCAGCAUCAGCGACAACAUAUGACAAAAUGCAGAGUUGCAACAAGGACAGCUGCAGCAGCACCACCACCACCAACAACCACAACAUUACUACAAGUAGCAACAUCGGCGGCAGCAGCAGCCACAAGCGCUGUCCUCAGAAGUACACCGGCAACAACCUAGCCGCCAACAGCAACAUGCUGGCCUACCAGCCGCAAGCCACCGCCGGUGGCAAGAACUCCACUCGCAAGGGUCGUCACAACAACAACAAGCAAAAUCAGCAGCAGCAACAGCGGCAUCAGUUUGAACAUAUCCAGAAGCGCAAUGGAGUCGCUGGAGGCACCGGAUCCGCUGCACCCACAUCCAACUGGCUUCAACGGGGCUACGCGGGAAGGCAGUUUACCAAUUCUUCAUGCAUCGAAGACAAACUCCUAGGCCGACACAAUCCGGGCCAUCGCAAUAGCACCAGUAGCGAGGCGACCAGCGAUGACAUAGAGCUCCCGAGCAAAUCGAAGGGCAACUCAUGCGCCGGCAGCAACCAGAGUCGCUCGAAGCGCCACCAAAAGCAGUCCGGCCAGCAGACUCGAAAUCCCGAUCACAAUGGCCAGAGGACCGGAGCAGCCCCCUUUACGGGCCAGAAAGCCAAGCAGGGGAAUGCCAAGUGGCGCCAGCAGCUUCCCAAUCACAGCAGCAACAACCAGCAGCAGCUUAUGCAACAACAUAUGCAACAGCAGAAGCGCGGCAGAAACAAGAAGCCCGGAAAGUGGAGCAACAACAUCAUUGACGACAAUACGGACAGCAACUUGGUCAAUCACGGCGGCAGCGGUCAGCAGAAGAUUUGCAACAGCAGCUCCUCCUCUGCUCUGAGUUCGCCCACCACAUCGGCAACCAGUUCGCCCGCCAGUUCGCCCACCAGUUACCUCCAUGCGAACGAAAAUCGGAAGCGGAUGGAAGCGGCACUGGAAUGGCGUCGGGAGCAAGGGCUUGGUCGCCAGAACGCCAACUUCCUGGUGCCUCCCCUCCGGCAGUACGAGCAACUGGAGUUGGACGACAAAACCGUGGUGCAGCAACUGCGUCGCCACAUCAUAGAUAAUCAUCUGCUGAGGGUAUACGGCUUUCCCGUGGAUUCGGUGGUCCACGAAGGCGCCAUCGAAAUCUUCAAGUGCAUGCCACACAUGAGUUUCGCAGCCGCGCUGGCGGAAACUGCUCAGGCCGUUACAGUGAUCAACUACCACGACGGACUGACCAACCGCGCCGAGGAGGAGGUGGCCAACUCGACCGACUCGGGCAACAGUUCCCCGCAAUCCUUGGACUCCGAAUCAGGCGGCGAGUGGAGCGGCAGCGAAUGCGAGUCCUCGAACUCAUCGUCCUCCUCCGCCGGCGAAGCCCCGCUGGGUCUCGAGCUAAAGUACUGCCAUUUUGUGUCGGUGGAAAGGAGUCUGUCCAAGCCUUGUGCGCGCUGCAAGCGCCACUUUCUAGUGGACGAGCUGACGGGUCAGUACUUGACCCAUGAGGAGUGCCAAUACCACUCAGGCAAGUACCAGCGGUACUACGAUGGCGUCAGGCACGGACGCUGGACGUGCUGCAACGAGGGCGAGGAAUCCUCGCCGGGAUGCUGCCUGGGCGACCGACAUGUGUGGUCGGGAUCGGUUGUGGGGGUCAACGGGCCCUACUACGACUUCGUUAGGACCGAGCACCGAAGAUCCAGCGGGGACCAGCCCGCCGUAUACGCCCUCGACUGCGAGAUGAGCUACACGGGUCGAGGUCUGGACGUGACCAAGGUCUCCCUGGUGGCACUCAACGGGCAAUUGGUGUAUGAGCAUUUCGUUCGGCCCGUGUGCGACAUAAUAGACUACAACACCCAGUAUUCGGGCAUUACGGAAACGGAUCUGUGUUCCGGAGCAAAGAGUCUGGCCGAGGUGCAGAGGGAUCUCCUUCAGCUGAUCACGGCGGACACCAUCCUUAUCGGACACGGACUGGAAAACGAUCUGCGAGCGCUGCGCUUGGUGCACAACACCCUGAUCGACACCUCCAUUAGCUUCCCGCACUGCAAUGGGUUCCCCUACCGCCGAGCCCUGCGUCACCUCACGAAGGUUCACCUGAAGCGUGACAUCCAAACGGGCGACGGCACAACGGGACACAGCAGCUUCGAGGACUCGCGCGCCUGCAUGGAGCUGAUGCUGUGGCGGGUCAACCGUGAGCUGGAUCCCGCUUGGAGCUGGGACGAUUAGAGGACUCGAUCGGGGGCGAAUCGGCGUUAUUUGGGGUGGGGUGGAAGGUUGCGGGAUGGGCAGCAAGUACUUUUAGUUGUUAAGCCAGCUCGUACUAGUACUGUAUUCAAAAAACACAAUCGUAAAAUCUCAGCUGGGUAUCUCUCCUGGCAAUCGGUUUCUAUAGCACAGACUAACCGACUUAUCUCGGUUAUACGUAUAGGUGCCCAUUGCCAGGGGUUGGCUCAGCAUAUACAUAUACAUAUACAAUAUAUGAAGUAAAUCGCAAAAUUGAAAUGACAAAAAUGGCAAAAGAAAGCAAGCGAAGGAUGAGGAGGACAAGCAAAUAACUAUAUGCGGUACAUAAGGAACAUUUUGUAAGCGUAUAUUUAUAGAUAAAUAUUACUUUAAUCUACAUAUGUAUAUACACAUAUUGUUUUUUUUUCUUGAUUAAUUUCGAGCCACGAGAAAAUGUACUGAAGUUUUAACUGUGAUGUUUUUUCACUUUCUCACAUAUUUACACGACAAACGGAAAUGAAAAGUAAAAGCUUAAAGAAAGAAUAGAAAAUACAAAAAUAUAUACAUACAUGCCCGCGCACAUUAUUUUUUUAAGAAACGCUAAAGAAAGGCAAUCCAAAUAAUUUUAAUUUUGACCAAAACUUUCAACUAAAAUCACUCCAUUUAUCUUCAUUUACCAAUUAGGUUUCGUUUCGUUUCGUUUUUUACCCCCAAUCAUUUCUUUUAUUUUUUUACGAAUAAAGCAUCUCAUACUCGUAUACAAAAGGAAACGAAGAAAAGUAAAGUUUAACUUGAACUAGUUUAUACACUAUGCGUAAUCGUAAGUUAGGUUAACCUAAUGUUUUCUGUAAACGUUUAGAUUAUUUAUUUAACGAAUCACGCGACAAGUUCAUUGAAAAUUUAUUCAAGUGUAUAAUUUUCCACAUUGAACUCCAUUUUAGGCUAAGAAAUACUUUUCAUUUUCUCUCCAGAAACUGUCGACGUUUUUAACUAUGAUUCCUCGACUCUGGUGUCUUAUGAAACGAGCCGAGGAGCACUUUAAUUGAAAAUCGAUGUUCCUAGCAGAAUAAGUUUCAGCACAAAUACACUGCGCCAAGCAGAUGUCUUUAUAUUGAACGGAAAGAAAGCGAAGAGUAAUGCAAAUGCACAACGAAGAUUUCAUGAGAAUAAAAUCAAACAAGAUUUGUCUAAAACUAAA